AUGGCAUUGGAAUGGGUAGUUCUAAGCUACGUCGCGGCAGCUGAGGCUACGAUGGUCCUGCUACUGACUCUGCCGCCGACUCUAAAUCCUCUGCGGAAGGGUGUAAUCUCCGUCACACGGAACUUACUGAAGCCGUUCCUCUCGGUGGUGCCCUUCUGCCUCUUCUUGCUGCUCGACAUUUACUGGAAGUACGAAACUCGGCCGAGUUGCAAAUCGUCCGAGUCUUGCACGCCGUCCGAGCUGAUGCGCCACCAGAAAUCCGCUAUCAAGUCCCAGCGGAACGGCCUCCUCAUCGCGGCGGCGCUCAUGCUCUACUGGAUGCUUUUCGCGGUCACGCGUUUGGCUGUGCAGGAGGAGCAGUUGAGUGAGCGAGUCGUGCGGCUCCAGAACCAGGACUGACUCGGUU